CGCGCCGCGCAAUAUCUGACGUGCGCGGCCCGCCUUCCGGAAGGAAACCCUGGCGGCUAACUAUGGCGACGGUGGCGGAGCAGUGGGUGCUGGUGGAGAUGGUACAGGCGCUCUACGAGGCUCCUGCUUAUCAUCUUAUUUUGGAAGGAAUUUUAAUACUCUGGAUAAUCAGACUUCUUUUCUCUAAAACUUACAAGUUACAAGAACGAUCUGAUCUUACAGUCAAGGAAAAGGAAGAAUUGAUUGAAGAGUGGCAACCAGAACCUCUUGUUCCUCCUGUCUCAAAAGACCAUCCUGCUCUCAACUACAACAUCGUUUCAGGCCCUCCAAGCCAUAACAUUGUGGUGAAUGGAAAAGAAUGUAUAAACUUUGCCUCAUUCAAUUUUCUUGGACUGUUGGAUAACCCUAGGCUCAAGGCGGCAGCUUUGGCAUCUCUGAAGAAGUGUGGUGUGGGGACUUGUGGACCUAGAGGAUUUUACGGCACAUUUGAUGUGCACUUGGAUUUGGAAGACCGCCUGGCAAAAUUUAUGAAGACAGAAGAAGCCAUUAUAUACUCAUAUGGAUUUGCCACCAUAGCCAGUGCUAUUCCUGCUUACUCUAAGAGAGGGGACAUUGUGUUUGUAGAUAAAGCUGCCUGCUUUGCUAUUCAGAAGGGAUUACAGGCAUCACGUAGUGACAUUAAGCUAUUUAACCAUAAUGAUAUGGAUGACCUGCAGCGACUAUUGAAAGAACAAGAGAUUGAAGAUCAAAAGAAUCCUCGCAAGGCUCGUGUAACUCGACGUUUCAUUGUAGUUGAGGGGUUAUAUAUGAAUACUGGAACUAUUUGCCCUCUUCCAGAAUUGGUUAAGUUAAAAUACAGAUAUAAAGCAAGGAUCUUUCUGGAGGAAAGCCUUUCGUUUGGAGUCCUGGGGGAGCACGGCCGAGGAGUCACUGAACAUUUUGGAAUCGAUAUUGAUGAUAUUGAUCUUAUCAGUGCCAACAUGGAGAAUUCACUUGCUUCUAUUGGGGGUUUCUGCUGUGGCAGGUCUUUCGUAAUUGACCAUCAGCGACUUUCCGGCCAGGGAUACUGCUUUUCAGCUUCAUUACCUCCCCUCUUAGCUGCUGCUGCAAUUGAGGCCCUCAACAUCAUGGAAGAAAAUCCAGUGCAUGGACAGAGGCAUCGCGUUAACUCUGGCGCGCUACCUGGAGAAAGAAGAGAAGUAUCUCCCUCCUCCGAGUCCACAGACCCCGUGACAUCUGAGGAGGCUGCCGAUGGUUCCAUGCACAGUGCAGAGGAAGCCCUGGAGUCAGGUCAUCUAGAGGACAACCAGCAUCACCACCUGCCAUCCGUGUGAACCUGGAGAGUGGCUUAAACUGACUGUGCCUCAGUUUCUCCAUCUGUGAAAUGAGAGUAAUCGUGACCCAGCCCACAGAGCCGUUGUGAGAAUUAGGUGAGACGAUACAUGGAAAUACUUUAAAUUGCACCUGAUGUGUAGUAAGUACAAAAUAUGUGUUAUUAUUAUUAUUAAUGAUAAUAAUGUGAAUGAGACAAAUUGGCAAAAAGAACUCGGUACAGGAGUGCAGAUCUCUUACCUCUUACAUGAUCCAGUAGGAAAUCACUCCAGGAGGGCUUAGGACUUACAUGACAUCCAGGUCCGUGAUUUUUCCUGCAACUGCUUUAUGGAAGCCACCCCAAAUACUGAAGACUGAAGGAGUAUUUCUGUUCCCUUAAUUCACAUGCACGGCUUAGAACCAGCUUCCUGCAUGUUCUGUUGACAGUCCAGAUCUCCUGGCAGUUAAUUCCAAGCCCACCCCUCCAUCUCCCACACGGGGGCUGAUAGCUGAGAAACUGAGUGUCCCACCCACCCUGGGGGCUGGAGCUGAAGAGAGAGACCUCUGUUCAAAUUCCCAGCGUGUUUAGGCUCUGAUGCCAGUGAAAGUGAAAGAGGCAGUUAAAGUGUGGUGUGUUGUCGGGUUUCCCAGCUCCUUGCAGGUAAGAAAGACUUGUAUUUGCAGCUUAGCCCUUUCUCAGCUCACAAGCUCAGAACUAGUAGAGGUCUGGAGGCCAGACCUCCCAACAGGCUGCCUCCAUGCAGGCAGGCCUGAGUGCCCUACCGGGAUAGCAGAGAUGUCUCUCUAUCUGCGCAUCCUAACACUGCUGCUGCUGAGCUGAGUUGAGUUAGAACAGGGCUGAGUUGCCAUUUCCACGGCUUCAGAUCUGUGGGUGAUACAUCAUUUUAUGGCUGUCACAUCUGCCUCUUCCACAUUCUUGAUUUCUUUUGUUCAAGUGAAGAGAAAACCCUCAUUUGCCCUGUGCAAUCGACCCACAGUCUCUGCUUGGAGCUGAGCACCAGGGGAUUGGUGAGUGCACGUGGCUCACGGUUCCUCCACAUCUGUUUUCUGUCCCUUAGUGGCUGGGUGGCCUCCCGGCUCGUCUGACUCCCCAGCUUAGAUGGAUGUGCAAAGUCCUUAUUCUUCGUCCCUGGGGAUGAGGAGCCUUGCUUCCUCGUUGUUUACAUUUUUAAAAUUACACAGUGAUUACAUGUUCAAAUUAAACAUCCGAACAAUAAGGAGGCAUGAAGAAUAAAACUUGAAAAUCCUAUUUCCACCCAUUCCACUCCCCUUCCCAGGGGUAACUCUUAUUCACAGUUCAUUGGAGAUCCUCCAGGACCGGUUUCUAUUUACAUAUAUACCUAUAUUCAAAUAGAUUUUUUUAAAUGCAGAACAACAGCCUUGUUCUUGUUCCUUGUUCUGACUUAACCUAGGAAUUUUUCUAUACCAGGCCUUCAUUCCUUUUACUUUAUGAAGAGUAUUCUGUAGUUUGGAUGUGUUACAAUUUAUUUGACUAAUUUUCUUUUUGUAGACAUUUAAGUUUCUUAUUUUUUUCCUAUGACAAACAAUGCUGAAAUGAACAUCCUGGAACAUGUAACUCUAUGUGCCUCUGUGGGAAUUUCUACGAUGUGGAUUUUAGAAUUGGAAUCUUGAGUCCAAGAGUUUGCAAAGUCUUUCUUUGGAUAGGUACCAACAAAUAGUUUUAUCAGGUAUCUAUAUGACAAGUUUUUUUAAAUUUCUUUUCUUGACUUUGUUAUCUUUCUCUCUACAACUAUUUCAAAUUUUUAUACUAUCAAGUCCGCCAGUGUCUUCCAUUAUGGCCUGGAAAUUUUGCCUUGCUAAAAAGGUGUCCCCACUCCACAAUUAUAAAAAGGCCAUCCUUUCUCCUUCAAAUACUUCUUCGUAUGGACCCAUAGUCGCUUGGUGAGCGGUUUGUCUUGCCUUGGCUAAUGUCAGAACUUUCCAACUAUUGUUGAUUUCUAAUAUGUUUUUGUAUCUGGUAGGACAAGUCUCCUAUCUUUCUCUUGUUCGAAAUAUUCUUUGACAUUCUCACACUUUUUCUCUUCUGGAAGAAUGUUAGAAUCAACUUACCAUAUUUUAAAAUCGGCACAGUUGUAUCUGCAUCAUGCAGCCUUCAAACAUGUUGAUGGAGACCUUAAUUCUCUCAGGUACAAACUACCUGAUGAGAUCAAAUGCUCCAACCAGCUGUGUUGAUGGAAACCUCUUCUGAACAUGCUAGAAGAUCCACAGGGAGAGACUUCCCUGGCGGUCCAGUGGUUAAGACUCUACGCUCCCAAUGCAGGGGGCACAGGUUCAGUCCCUGGUCGGGGAACUAAGAUCCCACAUGCUCCACAGUGCAGCCAAAGAACAAAAUUUUUUUAAAACAGAAGAUCUAUAUUUAUUAAUCUUUGUCCCCUCUGCCCCCUGCAUCAGUGCAUCCUGACCCUCAUUGACCCGGUAAACACUGAGUGAAUAGAUUCUAGGACAAGAGCAAUGAGCUCUUGUUAUAGACUCAC